GGCUAAGUUGUUAAAGUUAGUAGAGUGAGAACAUAAGUGAAUUAAAUUACUACAUCAUCAUCGUCAUCAUCACAUAUAUAUUGACUGUAAAGCGGUGUAGUAACUUAUUGCAGCAACAACAAGAUCUAACUUUAAUUUAACCGAAAGCAAUCGUUUUCAUUUGAUGCUAUUGCUUCUACUUUCACAAAUCUUCUUCGCCAUUAACAACAACAAUGUCAAUCUCAGAUCCCAACCAUAUUACCUUCGCUCAAUCCUUCCUCUGCAGCGCUUUCGCCGCUUGUUUCGCUGAGUUUUGUACUAUUCCUCUGGACACGGCGAAAGUGAGACUUCAACUACAAAAGAAAGGAGGUGUUGGUGAUGAUGGAAUGGGUUUACCUAAAUAUAAAGGUUUACUUGGAACUGUUAAAACUAUUGCUAGAGAAGAAGGUGUUUCUUCUUUAUGGAAAGGCAUUGUUCCUGGUUUACACCGUCAGUGUUUGUAUGGUGGUUUAAGAAUUGCCUUAUAUGAUCCUGUGAAAACUUUUCUUGUUGGUGCUGCAUUUGUUGGAGAAGUUCCUUUGUAUCAUAUGAUACUUGCUGCUCUUCUAACUGGUGCUUUGGCAAUCACUAUCGCUAAUCCGACAGAUCUAGUCAAAGUUAGGCUUCAAUCUGAAGGCCAGUUGCCAUCUGGGGUACCCAAGCGCUAUUCUGGUGCUAUGGAUGCAUAUUCUACCAUAUUGAGACAAGAAGGGUUAGGGGCCUUGUGGACUGGACUUGGGCCUAAUAUAGCACGGAAUGCAAUUAUAAAUGCUGCUGAACUAGCUAGUUAUGAUCGAGUGAAACAGACGAUUUUGAAAAUUCCAGGAUUCAUGGACAAUGCCUUUACUCACCUCCUAGCUGGCCUAGGAGCAGGUCUUUUUGCUGUCUUUAUCGGUUCUCCUGUUGAUGUGGUAAAAUCCAGGAUGAUGGGGGACUCAAGCUACAAAAACACAUUUGACUGUUUUCUCAAGACCUUGUUCAAUGAGGGAUUUUUGGCCUUUUACAAAGGCUUUCUUCCAAAUUUUGGUCGAGUAGGAGUUUGGAACGUGAUUAUGUUUCUUACCCUUGAACAAGCCAAGAGAGUUUUUAGAGGAUAGAUAUUGUUACUUUUCACGACGAUUAGAUUCAGCAAUCAGAAACGCAGUUUCUUUCUCGGACGAGCGCUAGCUACCAACACUUUUGGAUUUGCUGCGGCAGAAAGAUUUUAUUUCGUACUUCUGCCAUGCGGAUAGAAGUCAUGCCUCAUAGUCAUAUGUUCUUCGUAGUCGAAUAAAACGUCGGAUUACAUUUAUAUUUGUUUCCUACGUGCAUGUGGGUAGUGGAUGUACCAUUCAUAUAUUCUUUAGCCAAUGAAUAUGCCGUCAAAUUACAUUCCCUUUAUAGGUGUACACUGUAUUGUAUUAUGACAUGUCAUUUUUUCUGGGAAAUACAUUACUUUUUCCCAACUCAGUGAACAGACCAAUGAAAUGUAACAUGUAUAAAGACCAAUUUAGAGUUUAUAUAAUUUAUUUCUCUAUUCAAUCAAA